AUGAAGAGCAUCGUUGUUCUGCAAGUGCUCAGCAGCAGAAGGGUUCAAUCCUUCCGUUCCAUCAGGGAAGAAGAAACCGCCGUUUUCCUCAACAAGAUUCAGGCGUCUUCUGGGCCGCUGGAUUUGAGUACCAUGUUUGCUAAUUUUACUAAUGAUGGGAUCGGUAGAGCAGCCUUCGGCGGGAAGUACAGUGAGUCUGAAAAUGGAAAGAAAUUCCUGCGCGUCAUGACGGAUCUCAUGGAGCUUUUAGGGACUAUAAAUAUUGGUGAUUUUAUUCCGUGGCUUGAUUGGAUUGGUCGCGUUAAUGGUUUCGAUAAGAGGCUCGAUCAGACUGCCAAGGAGAUGGAUGAAGUUUUGGAGAGUUUGAUUCAAGAACGCUUGCAGCAGACUGAGACUCGAUCGUCCAAAAAUGGAGAAGAUUUCUUGGAUGUUUUGCUCCAAAUCUAUAACGAUGAAUCUGCAGAUGCCUCCAUUGAUCGAGAUAGCGUCAAAUCAUUACUUAUGGAUGUUUUUGUAGGCGGAACUGAUACAAUAUCCACAGCUAUGGAAUGGACGAUGUCAGAAGUCUUAAGACACCCAAAAGUUAUGGAAAAGUUGCAGCAGGAAGUAAGAGGAAUCGUGAAAGAGAAGCAAGACAUAAGAGAUGAUGAUCUAGAAAAAAUGCAUUAUCUCAAGGCUGUGAUCAAGGAAGCUCUACGUUUCCAUCCACCACUCCCACUACUUGUGCCUAGAGUGGCUACCAAAGAUGUGCAGAUAAAAGGUUUCGACAUUUCUGCAGGAACAAUGGUGAUGAUCAAUGCGUGGGCUAUAGGGAGGGACCCGGUCUCAUGGGACGAACCAGAAAAGUUUAUGCCGGAGAGAUUCUUGAAUUCUUCCAUAGACUUCAGGGGUCUUGACUUCGAGUUGAUCCCGUUUGGGGCUGGACGGAGGGGAUGCCCCGGGAUCACGUUUGCUGUUGUUGCUAUGGAGCUUCUGUUAGCAAAUCUCGUGCAUAAAUUCGACUGGAAAUUGCCUAAUGCAAAAGAUUUGGACAUGACUGAGAGCCCGGGAUUGACAGUUCAUAGAGCCACUCCUCUUCUUGCAGUUGCUUCUCACACUACAUAA